UGGGCUCAGUCUGUGGAAGUAAACUGACAUCAUUAUGUACUGAUCGACUCGGCGAUUUUGUCAAAUUUGUGAUGCGUUUAGGCCUGUAAAUCCUGAGAACACCUCUAAAUGUGAGUGUUUGUGUCUUUUUUGUUCUGAGUGACGGCACAGGGACGAGCGCCGGCUGUUGUUGGCCGUCAUAAUGGGCAACUGCCUGAGCGGCCCAGUAGACAAGGUCUCUCAAAACAAUGGAGCCGACUUGCAGACUCAGAGAAAGCUGGCCGAGUCAAAUGGUGUAGUCAGUUCGACCAGCAUUACCGGUGGAGCUGUAGUUGCUUCAGGCUCUCAGGCAGCCGGCACCCCAACAUCGUCAGCAGCACCACCCACUGAGGGCAACAGUGACUCUCCCUCUCCGGCCAAAAUAUUUGUGGCACUCUACGAUUAUGAUGCUAGGACUGAUGAAGAUUUGAGUUUCAAAAAAGGUGAACAUUUGGAAAUUAUAAAUGACACACAAGGAGAUUGGUGGUAUGCUAGGUCACGGACUUCGAAAUCGGAAGGCUAUAUACCCUCAAACUAUGUCGCAAGGAUAAAGAGCUUGGAAUCUGAGCCAUGGUAUUUCGGAAAGAUAAAACGAGUGGAAGCAGAGAAGAAAUUAUUACUAACAGAAAACGAACAUGGAGCAUUUUUAAUUCGCGACAGCGAGAGUCGACGGAAUGACUAUUCACUGUCAGUGCGAGAUGGAGAUACCGUUAAACAUUACCGAAUUCGUCAAUUAGAUGAGGGUGGAUUUUUCAUUGCUCGACGAGUGACCUUCCGGACACUAGCCGAGUUAGUGGACCAUUACAGUGGUGAUGCCGAUGGACUGUGUGUCAACCUCCGCAAACCUUGUACUCAGGUGGAGAAACCACAAACAAUUGGUUUGUCUUACAAUACAAGUGACCAGUGGGAAAUUCCCAAGAGCUCAUUGCGGUUGAUACGCAAAAUCGGCCAUGGCCAGUUUGGAGAAGUGUGGGAAGGCUUAUGGAACAACACAACACCUGUGGCUAUCAAAACACUUAAACCAGGAACCAUGGACCCUAAGGAUUUCCUGCUAGAAGCUCAGAUCAUGAAGAAGUUACGGCACCCCAAGCUGAUACAGCUGUAUGCAGUCUGCACCAAAGACGAGCCUAUCUACAUUGUUACAGAGCUAAUGAGGAAUGGCAGUCUGCUGGAAUUCUUACAAGGUAAAGGCCGGGUACUGAAAUUGCCACAGCUCAUAGACGUAGCGGCCCAGAUUGCCAGUGGCAUGGCCUAUUUGGAAUCACAGAACUACAUCCACCGAGACCUUGCAGCUAGAAACAUCCUUGUGGGUGAUAACAACAAUGUGAAAAUUGCUGACUUUGGUCUGGCCAGAGUUAUUAAGGACAGCGGUACCGUUGUCGGCACGGAAGAUGAGUAUGAGGCUCGGGUGGGGGCACGGUUCCCCAUCAAGUGGACAGCGCCCGAAGCAGCCAACUAUAAUCGGUUCACCAUCAAGUCUGAUGUCUGGUCAUUUGGCAUCCUCCUGACUGAGAUUGUGACCUAUGGCAGAGUACCUUAUCCAGGUAUGACAAAUGCGGAGGUGCUGCAUCAGGUGGAACAUGGUUACCGCAUGCCCUGCCCGCCAGGCAGCCCCAAAACCCUGUAUGACAUCAUGCUGGAGUGCUGGAAGAAAGAGGAGAUGGAGAGACCCACAUUCGAGACCCUGCAGUGGAAGCUAGAGGAGUUCUUCACACUGGAGGGCAGUGACUACAAAGAGGCAUCUGGGGUGCGAUAACUGCCAUAUAUAAAGCAACGGCAACAAAGGCCUGAGGGUGCAAUAUAUAACGUCUACACAAAGUGAAGAACAGACUGCAUGUGCGUAGAUGACAGACAGGAGUUGGGCACGACCAUUAUUAGUCAUGACAUUUCACAUCUCGGUGGACCAAGAGGCCUGGGAGAGAUAUUGUGAGGCGUGCGAGACUCGCAUUGUUUUCUGCUGUGUUUUACAUGACGCUGACUACUAUUUUCCACUGUGUCGUGUCUGCGUGGCCCUUGCUGACGUUAUUUGCUGUAUGUCCUGUAUAAACUGUGGUGCCCUUCACUCAUUUUAGACAGCAUGGUUGAACUUCCAGUGUGUCUGCAUAUAGUGACUGAAGUUGGUGGGCAAGUUUAUCAUCACUGACGUUUUAUUAUUCCUGCUUGACCUGGUACAAGCAACUGAAGUAUUUUAUGGGUGUAUUAGUAAGAUCUACAUCUAGCCCAGUAAUAAAUAAUGUAUAUAUACGCCAUACAUUUUUGAUUUGCUCCUGAAAAUGUAUACCUAAUUUUCCAACAAUUUAGAGAAGCAAAGUUAAUGUGGUUAUACAUAAUUCUAUUCCCAGCUUCCUGAUAAGUCUGCCUCGUUGUUGUCUGUCCAUGGUUUGUCCAUCCACAUAAGUUUUUGUUUUGUUGGAGAUACUGUAUCCCUGAAACCUAGCAUAUUAUUUACCUGUUCAGCUGGAUAAAGUGAGGUAAAAUGUAAUACAGGUCCAAUUAAUUUUGUAUAUUGUAGAAUUAUAUUUAUGCAAUUGUCAGUGGUCUGAUACAUGUAUGUGCACGCUCCCGUUGGUUUUCUCUGGUUUUUCUUACAAUUGGUUUAUUGCUACCUGUAAUAUUUAUACAUAAGGAACGUAAGAAUGUCAGUGUUGUGCAUUAUGCACACAUUUGCUGUCUGUACAAGAUAAAUGUAUUUUCAUAAUACAAGCACUUCUGAAACAUGCUUUUAGCUGAAGAGAGUAUUAUUAAGGCAUCAUUAGAAGCAAUGGUGCCUAAAUGUCAAUCAGCAUGUUUUGGUACACCAACAUGUACAUGUGUAUUUAAGUGUAAAUUCUUUUUUACAGCUCUUUGUAAGCAUUCCAGCUUAAGGAAUACCGACAAAAAUGAGCAGUGCAAAAUACAGAUUUUAUAAUAGCAUUUGGCAAUACAUUAUUACGUGAACCUCAUGGGAAACCUUUGCCUUGCAUCUUUCAGUUGAGGAGCUUUGAACAAUAUGAUAUUGAAGUUAUGAUGUCCCUCUUGUGUGUACCUCCCAACAGUCAUGAUCUUACAGCAGGAGGCUAAUCUUCACACUUCAAACAAUGCCUCUGUUUAAUAUUGAUCACAAAGAAACUGAAGUACAAUGAAUUCUGUUACAAGCCUGUCAUUACAGUAAGUGACCAAUAAUAUACCUACAUGUACUCAGCCUUGUCCACAAUAUAGUCACAAAUAAUAGUUCACAGAUAUACAUGUAGGUAAACCUGUAAAAUUAAAGGGAAUAAGCAAGUCCAGUAUGAAGUAGGAAAUGUUGCCUGCUGAUAGAAAUGUGCGAAACCCAAGCUAGGUUAUUCGAUCAAAUUAAUGUUAUGUUAGUACCAUGCAUUUACAUUUUAACAAGGAGUGGUUUCCUCAUCUUGACCAGUCUACUUUAUCUGAUUUCCUAAAAACAACAGAUUUGAAGUUUGUAGAAUAGGCCAGAUGGUGGUUUGGAGUACACAUCAGUGUUUAUUCAGUACCUAAACUGAUUGAUACCGGUCAUACAACAUUGACGACUUUCGACAGUAUACCAGAAUAUUCCUUUACAUGUAGUUUUUUUUUUUUUUUGUAAAGAUGUAACUAUACUCUAGCCCAUGUUGAAUUUCAGGUCCCACAAAGACUCACAUAAAUUGUGUCUGCCUAGGGUGGUGAUGUUGCUUUAGAUGUACCAUUAUUUACCUGCCCUAAACCCAUGUGCACUCAAAACCACUAUUUAGCUUACCUUUUUUACAAACUCCUGCAAGAACGUACGGGCCUGGCAGUGUGGUAAUGUUGUCAUGGCUGCUGUGUGCUAAGUUGUCUGCACUAUGCACACAUUUACACCUAACUGGAUACUGUUUUGAGGAAUGCAAGAGGGAUGUGUACAGAUACAUUUAUAUUUAAGUUCUUCUUCGCAUUUUCUCUGGGUAAUAAAAGUGAAACCUGAAUAUAA